UCUUGAUCAAACCCACCUGGCUCCACCCUAAAACCCUAAUUUCUCAGUGGUGCACCCGAGCCAGAAUCAUGUCGGACGGUCAAGACGAUGAAGAUUCGCAAUUUUUCCCUCGUGGGUCUUCGCCGGAUCUCAACAGUAGGAUCUUGCUUACUGCCAUUAUAUCGUUGUCGGUCGUGGUGGUGGUUGUCACCAUGUUACAUGUAUAUGCACGGUGCAUACUCCGCCGCCAAGCCCGCCGUCGAUCCGCCAUUCGAGACAUCGGGCUCAUAGCUCGUAUCCACUCCGACGAGCAACCAAAAAGGGGUCUUGAAUCAUCGGUUAUAACGUCCCUUCCUAUACUCGUCUUUAAGGGCAUUGAUCACCACGGACGUCCGGACGAUGCAGGGGUCAGCCAAGAAUGUGCAGUUUGUUUAAGCAUGUUUGAAGAUGGUCACAUGAUUAGGGUUUUACCGAAUUGCAAACACCACUUUCAUGCCGAGUGUAUCGACAAAUGGUUAGGCUCACAGUCGACCUGUCCUAUCUGUCGUCAUGAGGUGGAGCCAGGUCCCACCAUUUUACCCUUGCCUCGUGAGCCUGGUACUGGGCUAGGGUCGGUAAGGUGGGACCCACCUUCGGCUCCGCCAAUUCAACAUACAGGUUCUAUAUCAAUAGCGGUGGAAGGGACUUCGGAUGAUCAAAUGGUACAAUCGUCGGAAAAAGCAAGUGGAACGAACUCGAGAUUGAGUUCUUUUCGAAGGAUGCUUAGUUGGGAGCGUUCUUCACAACAUAUUCGUUCGCGUACAGAAGACGAUGGAAUUGAAGAUCUCGAAAGAUGAAUCGACCAAUAUUAUUACAACAUUCAUUGUAUGUAACACUAUACUUUUUGGUUCAAACUUCGUUAAAUCUUUGUGUUAAUAUUACGACAAAUCAAUCAUCCCGGUUGCCGGAAAA